UCCAAUCUGCCUUCCGGUCAGAUCAGAUCAGACAGGUCAGAAACCGCGGCAUAUACGCAACCGCCGCAGUCUGCUAGACCGGUGAUCAGCUAGCUGACUGACUGGCUGACUGGAUAGAUUGCUGACUGCAUAGCUAGAUAGAUGAAAGAUGGCCAACUAGAAAGACGGCAAUUCUAAAAGUGCGCGCAUGUAUGUGCGUGAACGUAAGAGAACAGAGUGAGAUUCUGGAUUAUACCGGUUGCCUUACAGAUCGAAUGGAUGGAUGGAUGGACCAAGGACACUGUAGUUGAGAUUGGUCCCGGUGCCUGCCUUGGUGCUUAUGGUGGGUUUGGUGCCUGGUUGAAUGCCUGGAUGAAUGCCUGGAUGGAUGGACGAAUGCCUGGAUGGAUGGAUCCAUGCGAGGUGGCUCAGUGACUCAGCCACAUAUAUACACGCAAACACAUACAUACAGAUACACACACUCACCAACCAACCAACCACCCAACCAACCAACCUCCUGACUCUAUUCACAGACCGAAAGAAGGCCGCAGCCGGGCAUGCAAUGAACCGAACAGGUGAACGGACGGAUGGGACGAAAGGACGAAAGGACGAAAGAAUGAAAAGACACACCGUUGUGCGCGCGCGCCUACCUACCUGUCAUUCACCCAGUCAGACAGCCAGCCAUUUAGCCAGCCAGCCAGCCAGACAACCAGCCAGCCAGCCAGACAACCAGCCAGCCAGACAACCAGCCAGCCAGCCAGUGAUCCAGCCUGUCAACCAUUUAGCCAGCCAGCCUUGUAGACAGACAACAAAGAAACAAGAAGAGACAACAUGUUGAGAGGUACGAAUGCAAAUAUAUGAUUGGAGGAGUGGGUUGGCGGAAUG